CAAGAAUUUUUGAGCAGACUAAUGGAUCCUCCUGAACCAAUUUCGGUGACUAAUUCGUUGACUCUUCUCUCCCGAUUGGGGGCCCUCGAUGAAGAUGAAGCUCUCACUCCGCUGGGACUCCACAUGGCGAAACUACCGGUAAGCUCACUGUGCCAAAAUGCUCAUCAUGGGCGCUCUGUUCAACUGCCUGGAUCCUGUUUUAUCUGUAGCCGCUGCAUUAGAUUUUAAAGAUGGUUUUCAAUUAAGUGCAACCGAUCAAGGAGCAGCUGACAGAGCCAAGGACAGGUUGGCCAACAGAUGCAAUAGCGAUCAUCUUGUGAUGCAUUUUGCAAUUAGGGGAUUUGAAACAGCGAGUAACCCCUCAGCAUUCUGCUGGGAAUAUUUUCUAAGCGCCCCCAUCCUACGUCUUCUAACAGACAUGCGCAAGCAGUUCGCCACACUCCUCUACGACAUGAAGUUUAUUGCUGACCCUAAUCCAAGAAGCAAAGCCAACAAUCUCAACAGCAACAACCUGAGUUUGGUCAAGGCCGUCAUUUGUUCGGGCUUGUAUCCCAACGUUGCCAUAAUGAAGACGAACAAAUUAGGGAAACCAUUAUUCCUGAGGUCCGUCCUUCAUGAAAGAAUGAAGUUCCAUCCCAAAUCCAUACUCUGUCGUGCUGUAGCUGUAACAAAUUCCUUAGUCGUGUAUUACCAGCGUUUGAAGUCGUCGUCAUUGUACAUCCACGACGCUACAAUAGUUUAUCCCUUGCCGCUAGUCUUUUUCGGAGAUCAAUUUUGCAGGAUUCACGAAAGUGACUUUAGUGGCGUUUCCAUAAACGGUACCAUGCGAUUUAGAUGCAGUGAAAGUACCUCUGCUGUCAUUGCCAAGUUAAGAAAUCGCAUCAAUUCUAUUUUAGAACAUAAAGCUUCGCAUCCUGGUCCAAUUGAUUGGACAGUGUCUUCAUCUGAAGUUAUGGUCUUGAGAGCCAUAAUGGAAAUGAUCACAUCUGAGGAUAUGGAAGAUUUAGAUCUCAGUGACUAUGAAGAUGAUUAAUAUAUGUUACAUGUUUUAUAUUACUUAUUAUAUUGAUAUACUUGUUUCUUACUGUGCGUUUGAUAAUGUUAAAGAAAAGUUCUAUUAUUAAUUUAAAAAAAAUAA